AUGGUUUCGUUUACUUGCGAACUUUUUCAUCGACGUUGUAACUGUGAGCUCUUCGGUCUUGAAUUUGUGAAUUGUUUUAAUUGAAAGCUCUCAAAUAUUAACUAUGGCGGAAACUACUUCACCCGCAGCAUCACCAGCAAAGAAAACGAAGGCAGCUGGGAAAGCUAAAAAGCCCAAAGUAGCCCCCACGCAUCCGAAAGUCGCCGAUAUGGUCAACACUGCCAUCUCUACCCUGAAAGAACGUGGCGGUUCAUCUCUGCAGGCUAUUAAGAAAUACAUCGGAGCCCACUACAAAGUUGAUUUGGAAAAAUUGUCCCCUUUCAUCAGGAAGUACCUUAAAUCGGCUGUGGCUUCUGGAAAUCUCGUACAGACCAAGGGAAAGGGAGCCAGUGGUUCUUUCCGCAUCGGUAGUGCCGCGGGAGCCAAGGGAGCAUCGACGGCAGCUAAGCCCAAGAAGAGUCCAGCGAAAAAGGCGGCAAAACCCAAAAAGGAAAAAGCCGCUGCUUCUCCUAAAAAGGCCGCUAAACCCAAAAAGGCUGCUGUGAAAAAGACCCCAAAGAAAGCAUCUCCUGUUAAAAAAGCGAAGCCCGCAGCUAAAAAGGCUAAACCAGCAAAAAGUCCAAAACCCAAAAAGGCAGCGGCCAAGAAGGCAUCUCCUAAAAAGGGCAAGAAAUGAACUGGCGUAAGUUAAAAAUGUAUAUAACAAACUUUUUCAUUUUGUGAACAGACUCAUGCGUUUUCGAUUGUGUCAACGUGGACAUUAUGGAUAUAAUUGCUCAAGAUGCACCAUCGAACUUACCAUCACCAUUUUUCAUGUUUAUAGCAUCUUCUGAUGUUCAUUUUGUCUUUCAUUGCGCUGCAUUGUGUUUCUGUAUUUAUUUCAUUUGUUCAAAUGUUAAAGAUUUUCUAUGAUGCAUGUAUAUAGCGGUUAUAUUUGAAGGAAAUGAAUACGAAUGUUCUUAUUCUGAGAUUACCUUUUUCAAGUUUUAACUAUUGGUUAAGAGAUCUUUGACUUAAAUUAUGUUUUACUUUGCAAUAAUUUAAAUUUAAAAAUGUUUAGUUUUCGUAAUUUCUUACCAAUAAGUUUUACUGUUCAAAAAAUUUUAUUGCUAACGUACCUGAUCAUUUUGUACAUAUUUCAUCAAUAAAAUGUUAUUUUCUUUAUCAUAUAAA